CCCAGGUGUGCAGGAGGCUGUGGUCAUCUGCCUGAACAAGCAGACCAGAGAGGCAGCAGACCAGAGCCUGUGUGUGAGCACCCGUCGGCCCCCACAACUCCUCCAGGACUGCAAAACACAGCCCUGCCCACCCAGGUGGGAAACAGGGGAGUGGAGUUCAUGCUCUGCUACCUGUGGGGUUGGUCUUAUGACCCGCACUGUGGCAUGCACUCACCGGCCCUCUAGGGACAGCAAUCGUACUCGGGUUUUGAGGGAUGAAGACUGCCAGAACCCAAAGCCCAGUCCUGUCCAAGCCUGCAACCGCUUUGACUGCCCUCCUAUGUGGGACACAGGUGACUGGAGACAGUGCUCCCAGAGCUGUAGUGGGGGAUAUCAAAGUAGGCAGGUACUGUGCAAACAGCGGUUGGCAGAUGGCAGCAUCCUGGAGCUGCCUGAUACCUUUUGCCCUUCCAAGAGCCCUGCAAACCAGCAGCCCUGUGCAAAGCAAGAGUGCCCACCUCAGUGGGUCACAAUUGGCUGGUCCCAGUGUUCAGUGACCUGUGGAAAAGGCAUUCAGAGACUACAGGCAGUCUGCAGAAAACAAGGGGAAGAUGGGGGACAUUCGAUCGUGGAGCCUGAGAACUGCUCCCUGAUGGCCCGGCCCACCAGAAUCCGGCCAUGCUCCCUCAGGCUCUGUGAGAACUCUGUCAAGCCCUAUCCCACCAUACUGGCCCAGAGGAAGGUGUAUAUUCAGUGGAGGAAGGGCAAAAAGUUACACUUGGUAGUAGGCGGCUAUGCAUACCUGUUCCCCUGGACAACCAUCCUGGAGCUGCCUGAUACCUUUUGCCCUUCCAAGAGCCCUGCAAACCAGCAGCCCUGUGCAAAGCAAGAGUGCCCACCUCAGUGGGUCACAACUGGCUGGUCCCAGUGUUCAGUGACCUGUGGAAAAGGCAUUCAGAGACUACAGGCAGUCUGCAGAAAACAAGGGGAAGAUGGGGGACAUUCGAUCGUGGAGCCUGAGAACUGCUCCCUGAUGGCCCGGCCCACCAGAAUCCGGCCAUGCUCCCUCAGGCUCUGUGAGAACUCUGUCAAGCCCUAUCCCACCAUACUGGCCCAGAGGAAGGUGUAUAUUCAGUGGAGGAAGGGCAAAAAGUUACACUUGGUAGUAGGCGGCUAUGCAUACCUGUUCCCCUGGACAACUGUGGUCCUUCGCUGCCCAACCCGCCACUUCCGCAAGAGCCACAUCCGAUGGUUGAAAGAAGGAAAGCCCUUGUUCAGCCUUUCACACCUCUCCAUAACAUCACUAGGGUACUUGAAGAUUCAGCAGGUUCGUGCAUCUGAUGCUGGGAUAUACACAUGCGUCGCAGGUCAGGCCAAAGAACAUUUUGUCCUACAGAUCAUAGGCAGCAAGCAGAAGCUCUCCGUUCCAGAGCCAUGGCUCCUCACAGGUGGACAACAAAAGGUUGGGCUGCCAGGUGUGGCCUCAACAGGAGAAAGACCUCAGGAGCUACCCAUUCCCCUCAACCAGUAUGACAACAUUGUUGAACAUUUGCUUGAACUCAAAAGCUCUCUCCAAGAUGAAGAAGACAUUGCUGAUAAAACACACUCUAGUGAAAAGAACAGGUCUACCCUGAGGGUUGAGAAAACAAACUCAGAACUUUCAAGCCUGCUUGUACUCACCACUGAUACCCACAGGCUUGAUGAGAUCACGCACAAUCUCUCUGAAGGCCUCGGAGGACCACGGGGGGAACAACUCAUUGCACAGUUGCUCAGUGAGCUCACUAUGACACAAGGUGAAACCAAUGAGUCUACGCUUCAUCCCCCAGAAAGUGCAGAAUCCUCCACGCAAGGGCCCCUCCUUUAUAAACCUAACAUCCAAGCCCAUGCAUCCAGGCCAAGAAACCCGGUAAUAAUCCAACGGCCCAGGAAGGUCGGAGUGGUGCCGUCACCUGAAAUGAUAGUUCAUGUGGGACUGCCGGUUUUGCUGCAAAAACCCAUUGCUAGUUUGGAGUUGAGGUGUGAGGCACUGGGGAGCCCUGAACCAUCCCUAACAUGGACAAAGAAUGGAGAAGUGUUGCAGUACAACAGCAGAGUAGGACUGUUGCCCACUGGCUCAUUGAGGAUCCAGUCUCCAAGCAAGGUGGACGAGGGUCUGUACACCUGCACUGCCAGGAACAGUCUCGGAUCUACAUCUCUUACUUCUUUGCUGCACAUGACAGGUGGUAAAGGAAGAAACUGUGUCCAAGGUAACAGCAUGGGAGCAAGUGGCCCUGUUUGCUCUGAGAGGAUUAAUGGCAGCCAGUCAGCUGAGCUGUGCCAUGGACAAGCCUGCCCCCUGAGGUGGCGAGUGGAUCCUUGGUCACCAUGCUCAAGCAGUUGUGGAGGUGGGUCCCAGACCAGGAGUGUCCGCUGCAUGAAGGGUCCUGAGGGCAGAUCAAGAGAGGUGGAGAGCCACCACUGCCUUGGCAUGGGGAGGAGACCCUCUGACACCAGGCUAUGUAACCUACAUCCCUGUGCCAGGUGGACCACUACCCACUGGGGGCUGUGUCAUGGUCAAUGUGUGGGUCCAAGUUUGGCCACACAGCACCGCCACGUUUACUGCCAAGACACAAACGCCACCAAAGUCCCCUCCAGGAUGUGCAGUGGACUCCAGAGGCCCAGCUCCCUGAAGAAUUGCUCGACAGAGGCCUGUGCCCUUCAUUGGCGCGUUGGGCCGUGGACGCAGUGCACUGCCACCUGUGGACGGCAUGGUUUCCAGUCACGCCAGGUGACCUGCGCACACCGUCGAACUGGAAAGGCCACACGUGAGCAUCACUGCAUGUGGAGGCCUCGCCCUCCCAGCUGGCAGCGAUGCAAUAUUUUGUCCUGUGGCAGAGGAGAGUGUCAAGACAGCACAAGGUACUGUGAGAAGGUCCGACAGCUGGAGCUUUGUCCGCUGCCCCAGUUUAAGAGCCGCUGCUGUCAUUCCUGCCGAAACACCUGAGGCAGGGACGUAAGACAGGGACCAUGGAUGACCUGGUUAAGUCAGGGAAGACAUUCACACAGCCAACAGAGACUUGAAACCUCUACGCCCUGUCCUAACUCCCACAACUGUCUUCAAUGAACAGUCUUGGAUGGGGAUACCUGAGUGUGGUGGAAUGUCUGGAUGGGGAUACCUAGAGCGGCUGUGAUCUACUUUCCUCAAAGAUAUCAUGUGUGGGUUUCAAUGUGAACGUUUUGAGAGGAGUGACAUGUCUGACAGCUUUCCUAAAUUAUUCAAAUGUAACUAAGAUACAUUUCCACUGUGAGUAAUAGAAACUUGUGGUGCAUGAAUUCAUCAUGGGGAACUCAUUAUAGCGGUGACUAAGCAACCUGUCUGCAUUAAUGGUAUCUGGUGUAGUUUCAGUGGUUUCCUAAAACAGAUGGAACAAAAGUGCUACAACAUUGUAGCGCCAUCACUUCAUGUCCAAAUAAGGGUGCAUAUUAUCAUGGAAUUUAGCAUACAAUACACAAAUAUGUAAUUAAUAUACUGUUUUUAAUUGAUUGAAUUCAUACCCAGGGAUUCUGGGUAGACCCCUGAGCUUUUGAUAACCACUGGUGUGUGUUUGCCUUUAUUUCAGUGGUCUCCAAAUCAGUGUUUUCCGUCAAAUAUUGAUACUAAAUGAGCUUAGGUAUGAGGUAUAGGUAAACUCAACAGAAAUACAGCAUAAUACUGCCUACAAAUGGGAAGUAGCUACCGUGACUAAAAGCCUAUGAUCAAUGGUAUACAUUUGGUAUCAGCUGCCUCGGAAAGAGAUCAUGAUCUGUGCUAUCAUUUUAGGUUUUUAAGCACGUGUUUACCGUAAUGAUUGGUCAAGUCGUUCAUUAAAGAGGAAAGGAAUUAAGGAUUGCAUGUGUUUGAAGUGCAUUUUGGCAGAAUAAAAAGUAGGACAUGAUAAAGAUUUAUCUUGCAUGGGUUGCACUACGGAGGUGUAUGACUGAAGCAAGUCAGUUUUUGGAGAGAAAAAAAAGACUUAAUUUGCACUCAACUCAUCCAAGUCUUUGUUAAGAACAUGACUUGUAGAGUUAAAAAAAAAAAAAUAUAUUUUAGUUUGUAAUGUUACAGUGUUUAUAUAUUUUGUUUUGUGAUUUUGGUAUUUCUUGGAAAGAUAUUUGUUCCUUUAACCACUUUGUGAUGUUACAGCGCGUUUAAACAUGAGGGGGGGCAGAAUAGUUCCUAGCUGAGCUAAUAAAGCUCAAUUUAUCCUGUCCACCAAAUGAUAUUUUUGCUUUAGUGUGACAUUAUAGGGGAAAAAAGCAGUGUGUUACAUUUGACCGCUCUUAUGUAACGCUUCUUCCUUUCAGAUUUCUCUGUUAGCUGAACUUAAAAUAUGUAAACAAGACCUCUGUGUUAUAUUUGAUUUGAUUUAUUUUGAGAGGAUAACAUAAUUAACACAUUACUUAUGCUCUUAAGUUAUGUAGAUAUUUGUUUUGUCCUUCUAACUAUUUAUUUUCAUGUGUGUUCUUGUGCAUAGUUUUGUAAAUAAUUACAGGGGUGGGUUUUAAGUAUUCUUUUCCCUACAGUUUCUCUGGUAUUUGAUGUGCAUGCAAUGGGGACCCUCUGCUGGUGACUUGACGUGUAGCUCUGUGCUCAUGGCUGGUUAAUCAUUAAA